CUCACAUCCAUUCCCACAACACGCAGCAUACGGGGCCGCACCCGAACAUCAUCAACUCCAUAAUAAGGUGUCAUAUUGUUUCUUUUUAUUCCCUAGAUUGCUGAAGUUGAUGAUACUAGCGGACCGAGGUGUCCAAUAUCAUCAUGUCGAGCUCACCGGAGCCAAGUUCCGUCAACGGUCACACGUCGCCCGAGACGAGAUCAGCUACGAGAAUGGACUUUGAUGAUCGUGCUAGUGAGAGCGACCUGUCAGACGUUAAUGAUAAUACCGCACCUCGAGCAUCUUCCUCUUCUUCACCCGUCAAUAAUCAACUCUCCCGAGAUGUCGAACAAGACCUAGAUUCACAAGGUGGUGCCGAGUCAAGCGAUAAUGACGAGCCGAAUAAUGCCUCGGAUGAUGCCGACUUUGAUAUGGAAGAUAGCCCAGCUCCAUCACAGAGUGACGCGCAUCAUGAUGAGACAUCGACUUCCAACAGCUCCCACCGUGCUCCUAAGCGAAAAGCUACUGCAGACGAAGAUGAUUACAUACGAGAGAAUCCUGAGCUCUAUGGAUUGCGAAGAAGCUCUCGCCCUACGAAGCAGGCCAAACUCGUUGAGUCUGAUGAAGAAGGUGAUGAAUCUGAUUCUGAUGUCGUUCCUACCAACCGUCGAACGAAGAAGCCUCGCGCGGAGCAGAUCUCCCGACAGUCUUCUAAACGAGGAACUCCCGCAAGACAAACUCCUGCUGCCGAUUCCGACUCCGAUACCUAUGGCGGAGCUCGUGCUCGAACUUUAAUUAAGAAAGCUCGUCGGCAACAAUCUCAACCGCAGUCUUUGCUGUAUGCCGAGAAGCGUUGGUCUAACAGACGAGCCGCUCAGCAAGUUCAGACUUAUCAUGAAAGCGAUAUUGAUGACGAAGACGAGUCUGAGCUUACACCCAAUUACUGGGGAGGUGAAGAGCUCACCGAAGAUUCUAUGUACAUCGAGAAGGUUGUCGGUCAUCGUGUUCGAGACGGUGACGAGCUAAUGGCAGACGCAACCAGAGACGACUUCGAGUACAAUAUAAAAUGGCAGGGCAAAUCAUACCUCCAUAAUACGUGGGAUACCUUAGAGACCCUUCGCGGGUAUCGUGGCGUUCGUAAACUCGAGAACUACUACAAACGAACGAUCGAGUACGAGAUUGAUCUCAAGUAUGGCGGUGAUGACAUCCCUCCUGAGACCCGAGAGCAAUACAUGCUCGACAAGGAACGAGACCACGAUGCUUUGGAAGAUUACACCAAAGUAGAACGCGUGGUUACGCAACGAAGCGGUGAGGAAGGGAGAGAGUAUUUCGUCAAGUGGAAGGGUCUGACUUAUGAGCAUUGCACAUGGGAGGAUGCCUCCACUAUUAGUGCUAUGGCCGAAGACAAGAUUGAACAAUUCCUCGACCGACAAUCAAGAUCAUGGACCUCGGACAAAUAUGAGUCCAACCCUUCGACCCGAAGCAAGUUUCUGAAGCUUGACAAGCAGCCUAGCUAUAUCAAGAACGGCGAGCUAAGAGGAUUCCAGCUCACGGGAUUGAACUUUCUGUGUCUUAACUGGUGUCGGGCAAACAAUGUCAUCCUCGCUGAUGAAAUGGGUCUUGGUAAGACGGUUCAAACUGUCUCCUUCUUGAGCUGGCUUCGCAAUGAGCGCAAGCAGGAAGGCCCUUUCCUAGUUGUUGCGCCUUUGAGUGUCAUACCAGCCUGGUGUGACACAUUCAACUUAUGGUCUCCUGAUCUAAACUAUGUUGUCUACCUUGGAAAUGCCGACGCACGAAAUACUAUACGAGAGCAUGAGCUUAUGUUCAAUGGGAAUCCUAAGAAGCACAAGUUCAAUGUCCUUGUGACUUCCUACGAAUAUAUCCUGGCGGACACAGACUUCUUGAGAAGCAUUAAGUGGCAAGCAUUGGCUGUUGAUGAGGCCCAUCGUUUAAAGAAUAAGGACUCAAAGUUGUACUCUGAACUCUUGAGCUUUGGCGCCCCUUCUAAGGUUCUGAUCACCGGUACACCUAUUCAGAAUAACUUGGCCGAGUUAUCUUCGCUUCUCGACUUCUUAAAUCCCGGAAAGGUUCAUAUAGACGAAGACCUAGACACGCUUGCGGCCGCAGAUGCCCAAACAAAACUUCAGGACCUUCAUGCUGCAAUUGCGCCCUUCAUCUUGCGAAGAACCAAGGAAACCGUCGAAUCAGACCUUCCACCAAAGACCGAGAAGAUUAUUCGUGUAGAACUCUCAGAUGUUCAACUCGAAUACUAUAAAAACAUCCUGACGAGGAAUUAUGCGGCUCUCAAUGAGGGAAACAAUGGCCAAAAGUCAUCUCUGUUGAACAUUGUUAUGGAGCUGAAGAAGGUUAGCAAUCACCCUUACAUGUUUCCUGGUGCCGAAGAAAAGGUCCUCAACGGUAGCGAACGACGCGAAGAUCAAAUCAAGGGUCUCAUUGCUAGCAGUGGCAAAAUGAUGCUUCUUGACCAGCUUCUUGCCAAGCUCAAGAAGGAUAAUCAUCGCGUUUUGAUUUUCAGUCAGAUGGUGAGGGUACUGGACAUUCUUGGCGAUUAUCUUCGAUUGCGUGGGUAUCAGUUCCAGCGACUUGACGGUACCAUUGGCGCUGGGCCGAGACGUUUGGCGAUCAAUCACUUCAAUGCUGAAGAGAGUUCUGAUUUUUGCUUCUUGCUCUCAACAAGAGCUGGUGGAUUAGGCAUCAACCUCAUGACUGCGGAUACUGUCAUUAUCUUUGACUCGGACUGGAACCCCCAGGCCGACCUUCAAGCCAUGGCUAGAGCUCAUCGAAUUGGUCAGAAGAAACCUGUUACCGUCUAUCGCCUUGUUUCUAAAGAGACCAUUGAAGAGGAAGUCCUCGAGCGUGCCCGGAACAAGUUGCUACUUGAGUAUCUGGCUAUCCAGGCCGGAGUUACGGACGACGGAAAGGCGUUCAGGGAAGAGUUCAGACAGAAGGGUGUUAGGAUCGACGAAGCCAAAUCGGCGGAUGACAUCCAAUGGGUAUUAAAGAUGCGAUCCCAGAAGAUGUUUGAGCAGUCCGGUAACCAGGAGAGGCUGGAACAACUCGAUAUUGACUCCAUCUUGGAAAAUGCCGAGGUCACGAAGACUAAGAUAGAUGAUAAGAUGAACCUCAGUACUGGCGGUAUCGACUGGGACAAUUUCAUGCAGUACACUGAUGUCAAGGUGGAUGAUCUUGCUCUUGACUGGGAUCAGAUUAUACCGGCGGAACAGCUGGCAGCUAUCAGGGCCGAUGAAGAUAAAAAGAAGGAAGACGAAUACCUUGCGAAGGAAUUAGAGGCCAGUGCCCCGCGACGAGCCGCACUGAAAAGUUCCAGGCCUAAUGGCGACACCGAGAGAGCCGAACGCAUCGCCAAGAAACGAGAACGCGAACAGUUGAAGCAGGAACGCCUGGAGGAGCAGCGGGCUAUGCUCUCUGAUCCCCGACGACCGCUCAACGAGAAGGAGACUCGUAACCUUAUUCGGGCUUUCAUGCGAUAUGGCUUCAUUGAAGACCGUCCUGAGGAAUUGUUGCGUGAUGCUCGCCUGAGUGAUCGCGAUCGUGACUUUAUAGGUGGACUACUUCAUGAUCUCGUCAGGAUGUCUCGCGAAGCUGUAGAGAAGAAUAAUGACGAGAUAAGAGUCCAGGAACAGCAAACCAAGAAAAAGCUCACGAAAAAGGACAUCAAGGCUGUCAUGUUCGAUUUUGGCGAAGUUAAGAAGAUCAACGCCGAGACAAUCAUUGACCGUCCGCCUCAGCUACGUCUUCUGCGGCGCGUCAUUCGAGAACUACCGGACUUCCGAACGUUUCGGCUUCCGGAUGCCACGAAGGCGGCACAUUAUAGCUGUGAGUGGGGUGCUAGAGAAGAUGGCAUGCUCCUCGUUGGUAUUGAUAGAUAUGGUUUUGGUGCCUGGGCUCAGAUUCGCGACGACAAAGACCUCGGUAUGGUGGACAAGUUUUUCUUAGAGGAACAUCGUAUCGAGAAGAAACAAGAACGAGAGCACGGUGAGAGCAAGGGUGCCAAAGCUCCUGGGGCCGUCCACCUGGUACGCCGCGCAGAGUACCUAUUGUCGGUCCUCAUCUCGAUUCAUUCUGAUGAUGUCAACGCUCACAAGAUCGUUGAGAACCAUCAUCGUAACAACAAAAAGAGUGGUCAUGCGACACCUAAUGGCCAUAGGCGCCCAGAAAAAGGAGGAUCUGUGUCAGCCUCGCCUGCUCCCCAGAGCUUAAAGAAGUCGUCGCACCGGGAGAGAGAUCAUGAUCGCUCUCAUUCUCGUGGAGACCACCACCGUUCUCGUAGCAGUAUCGGAGACAGCAGCACGCCAAGACCCGAUGCGAAGCGAAAGCAUAGUGGUGAAGUAGAUGAUCGUCGACACAAACAUCGUCGAGUAGAGGAACUUCGCAGAUCUGAUAAUCUCCAACGACAAGCAAGCGACGAUGAUGAAGAUGAUGAACGAAAUGCUCCCGUCAUCGAAGCUCUUAUGCAGCCGAUAUGGUCUCAUGUUGAGAAGGUGGAAGCAUGCACUAAGGCAAAUAUCCCCGUUGCCAAAGCUAGGGCUAAGGUCCUAAAAUCCGAGAUAACCGCAAUCGGCGAUUUUAUUGAAGGACUUAACAAGACUUCAGCUUUGUCGCUCGAGCAGCUAGAGGAGCUGAAGCCAAAAUUAUGGCGAUUUAUAUCGAAGAGAAUCCCGGGGUCUGAAAAACAGACCGGUAAGCCGGAGAAGGAGAAGGAUAAUAAGAUGACUGGACCGCGGUUAUCAGCACUUUACCAGCAAUUGAGUAUACAAUUGAAGGAAGGGGAGAAGAACGGAGAUGUCCAGAAGCCCAAGAGCACCGGCACGGCUAUUACUAACGGAGGUCACCGUAGCGAGUCGAGGGCCGCUAGCUAGGGGAACCACCAAAAAGCUCUCAUCCCCAGUUGGUCAGACAUGGUGGAUGAUAGGGCAUAACAACUAAUUGACCAUCACAUUUUAUUGCAUCGUAUGGCGUCACGGGUUGGCAUCUUAGACAGGCGAGGUUGGAGUCGACGCAAUCAUACCCAACAAAAAGCAUCAACGUUACAGGAGACCGGGAGUUCUAUGGUCGGAAUGGCUAAAUCUCUCCCUCGUCUAUAUCCGCAGAAGCUCUGAUCCCAGCCACGAUUAGAACGCUCUAGGGGAGUUGAGAAUAGCUGAGUAGGAACAACAUUAUUUUAAAUGAAUGUAAACCCCAAGGCAUGCAAACAAAGAUCAUGCUCAUCAGAGGGAGAAGUCUCAUGGGGACUAUAUCGUGUUUACUCAUUGCAUAUUCGCAGAUGGAGUAUCGUGACGAAACUUUGCGAUAGUUAGAUAGUAGUUUCUUACUGCCAACUACUACUCAACU